UGGCGGGCGGGACGCGGCUGUCAGCCGGCGGGGGCCCCCUCACGGCCCCCUCACGGCCCCCUCCGGGCGCUCCGCAAACGUGAGGCGAAGCUCACGGCGCGGGGCUCGAGUGUGCGUGUGUGUGUGUGGGGGGAAAUCAGCGGAGAAGUGGGGCUUGGGGGGCUCAGAGAGGCGCGGGGCGGUUUUCCUCAGGGGUCCUGGCCCUAACGGGGUCGGGGUUGGUGUGGGCUGAGGGCGCCGUGCCUUGGCGUGGGGGGUGCCUCCUGAAUUCCCCUCCGAGAGCAGUUUCUCUUCUUUACAUCCCUGCUGUAGACCCGUCGUUGAAACAUGAUAGAUUUCGUUUUUAAAAAUUUAUCUUCAGUUUUAUUAUUACGCUUUAAUUUCUCGGUAUUUUUAAUUCCGCCACAAACUGGCCUUUGCAGCAAUACAAGUGCUGUGGCACCCUGGUCUUAUGAGUGACAAACACAAAAACCUCCACGAAAGACAUCCUGGGUUUUGAGCUCACCAUUACAGGUUUUGACAUCUAGCCUGGUUCACCCCUUCAUAUUGCGAUCUGAUUGGCCUGUCAGAAUGAUUCACUGAGCUUUUUUCAGGAAUCGACGCGAGAUUUUAACACUGGAGCUUAGGGAGACCCAACAGAAGACACAUUCAUUACUUCAGAGGGUCUCGGGGUCAGCCACUUCAUUACAGGCUACAUUCCUCAUCAAAGGCAAAGAAACCCUGUUGACACUUUUCCUGCAAACUUUCCGUGCAGCUGUCUGGUCUCAUUGCACGUCUUUCGUCCACCAUCUUCCUCUUUCCCAGUGAACCCUGAAGGAGCACCAUGUAGGAGAGGAUUGCUUUUAAACGACUCACGCCUGCUGUGUCAUGUCUGGAGCUGGAGCUGAGAGGAGCCGCCAGGAGGGUGCAUGUGACAGGAUCUGCAGUUGCAGGCUGGAGGGUGCUGUCUGCCUGAGCUCCUGAGGCCUCGUCGGCGUCGGCAAAGUGUGUGCAAGCCCACCCCGCCGAGCAGCUCGGCCCGGCCACCCUAGGCAGCAUGUCCCUUCGCGAGCACGCGCUGUCCCUCUUCCGCAGUGCGGUGGGCACCGUCCGGCCGGCUCCGAUGCUGAAGAGGGCUGUGAAGCUCGAGGGAGAUGGGUGCCCUCAGCUGGUAGUGAAGGGCCGGGCCUUUCCAGUGAAGAGGAACCUGUACUUGGUGGGUUUUGGCAAGGCUGUGCUGGGGAUGGCAGCAGCAGCAGAAGAGAUCCUGGGGGACCACCUCAUUCGGGGGAUCGUCAGUGUGCCACUAGGCAUCCAGGAGAGCCUGCAGCGAGCGGGAAUGCAGGAGAUGCUGCUGAAGCCGCACAGCAGAAUCCAGGUCAUCGAAGGUGCAAAGAACAACCUCCCUGACCCAGAGGCUCUGAGGGGAGCAGGUGCCAUUCAGGAGCUGGCUGAGGGCCUGACAGCAGACGACCUGCUCCUUGUGCUCAUCUCAGGGGGUGGUUCAGCCCUACUGCCUGCUCCCAUCCCUCCCAUCCUCCUCGAAGAGAAAGAGAAACUGACAAAGAUGCUGGCUUCCAGAGGAGCUGCCAUACAGGAGCUGAACACUGUCCGGAAGACUCUGUCCUUGCUGAAGGGUGGAGGGCUGGCCCGGCUCGCAUAUCCCGCACAGGUGGUGAGCCUCAUCCUUUCUGACGUGAUUGGCGACCCUCUGGACAUCAUAGCGAGUGGGCCCACCGCUGCCAGCUCCCACAGUGUCCAGGACUGCCUUCAGAUACUGGCCAAAUACAACCUGCUGCACAGCCUGCCCAAGUCAGUGGAAACAGUCCUCUCCAGCUCUCCCACCACACGCACUGCUCCAGAAGACUACUCCCACGUUUGCAACGUCAUCAUUGGAUCAAACACGCUGGCUUUGGAUGAGGCCAAACGCCAGGCUGAGGGCCUGGGCUAUGUGGCCCUGAUUCUGAGCGCAGCAGUCUGCGGGGACAUCGGCCACGUUGCUGCGCUGUACUGCCAGCUGAUCCGGCUGCUCUGCCUGGGCUUCGCUGGCCUCGGAGAAGGGCCUCUGGGCAACGAGGUGAGGGGGAAUCUUCUGCAGCUGGCAGCAGAGCUAGAUAUCCCGGGCUUGAACCUGGCUGAGUUUCUGCAGGCCCUCCGAGGAUUAGGGCCUGAAAAACCAGUCUGCAUCCUUGCGGGCGGAGAAACCACGGUUCAGCUUCAAGGAACCGGGAAGGGAGGAAGGAACCAGGAGCUGGCCCUGCGAGUGGGGCUGGGGCUGCGCAGGACACAGGGCGCUGAGGCCAGCAGCCCCCUGGGGAGGUACGAGAUCAUCUUCCUCAGCGGGGGGACGGACGGGCAGGACGGGCCGACAGGAGCGGCAGGGGCCUUCUGCAGCCCGGAGCUGGUGGACGAGGCGUUCCAGGAAGGCCUCGAUGCGGAGGCCUUCCUCAGCAACAACGACUCCUAUACCUUCUUCAGCCACUUCCAAUGUGGGCGUCACCUCCUGGUGACAGGCUUGACAGGCACCAAUGUCAUGGAUAUCCAGGCUGUUUUAAUUAGACCCACAGACAGAUCAUAAGAGCUCCCUCUGCAGAUAUUCAGAUGCAUUUAAUUAGGACCAGGGGUAAAUGAGACAAUAAGCACUGCAGACAAAACUACUAAAAUUAGGGCUAGCUGUCAAGGGUGCUAAUAUCUUUGAUAGAAAGAUUCCACUAAUUAAUCACGAGUGGAUGUCCACAGCAAAUGCAUUGGGAACAGUCAAGCACUUGUAAUUGGGAUCUGAGAAAGGUAAGCAGUCACAUUGUGGACAUGGAGGUUGCAGUUAGCACUUCUGCUGAGAGCCACUGCUACUGUGACAGCUUCAUAGAACAGAAUAGAAUGGCCUGGGUUGAAAAGGACCUUAAAGAUCAUCUAGUUUCAACCCGCCUGCUCUGGGCAGGGUUGCCAACCACUAGAGCAGGCUGCCCAGAGCCUCAUCCAGCCUGGCCUUGAAUGCCUCCAGGGAUGGGGCAUCCACAACCUCUCUGGGCAACCUGUGCCAGUGCCUCACCACCCUCUUGAGUGCUGAGUGAAAAACUUCCUCUUAAUAGCUAACCUAAAUCUCCCAUCUUAGUUUAAAACCAUUCCCCCUUGUCCUAUCACUAUCAACACACGUAAACAGGCGUUCCCCCUGCUGUUUAUACGCUUCAAGUACUGGAAGGCCACAAUGAGGUCUCCCCAGAGCCUUCUCUUCUCCAAGCUAAACAAGCCCAGGUCCCUCAACCUUUCUUCAUUGGAGAGGUGCUCCAGCCCUCUGAUCAUCUUAGUGGCCCUCCUCUGGACCUGUUCCAAGAGUUCCACAUCCUUCUUGUGCUGGGGGCCCCAGGCCUGCACGCAAUAUUCCAGGUGGGGUCUCACAAGAGCAGAGUAGAGGGGGACAAUCACCUCC